CAAAACACAAAACUCAGCCAACAAAGCUCAAAGAAAAUACAAAUAAAAUAAUGGCGGUAGUAAUAUCAGAUAUUCUACUGUCUCUUCUUCCUGCAUUAGCAAGCUAUAUUUUAAUCCUAUUUUGCAAGAAGCUUUUCCUGAGAAGAAGAAGAAAUCCUCAAACAGCCGGUAAUAAAGCCGAGGAAGAUUCCGAUAAGCCGGAAAAGCUUCCUCCUGGAAAAACAGACGGGCCAUUCUUGAGUGAAACCCGCGAUUUCUACUCAAAAUUCCAAGACAAAGUCCUCCAUGAAUUUGUCCUGGAAAGGAUCAACAAGUAUUCCUCCAAGAUUUUCAAGACAUCUUUAAUCGGACAGCCCGUUGCGGUAUUUUCCGGCCCGGAAGGGAACAAGUUCUUGUUUUCCAACCGCCCGGAGUUGUUGAGGCAUUGGAUUCCGACCACCAUUCAGCAACUCUUACCGGCCACCGUAAGUAAUGAUAAGAAGCAGAUUCAUGAGAUGCGGAAAUUUUACACGUCUUCUCUCAGGGGAGACUCACUCAAAUCCUACGUGCGAAUUUUUGAUUCCACCAUAAAAGAGUUCUUGCAAACUUCUUGGAAUGAUGCUGAGGAGGAGAAGGAUGAAAUGAUCAGUAAACUGGCACAAAAGUACGCAGUCACAUCGGGAUGCAAGAUCUUCUUAGGCAUAAACGACCAAAGAAAGAUUGAUGAACUUGAAGAGUAUAUAAAGGCCAUGACGGUCGGAAUUUAUUCAACACCAAUCAAUUUUCCAGGAACCGAUUUUCAUCGCGCCAUUAAAUCUUCUCAGAAAUUGUUCCAAGGGAUUGCGGAAAUCAUCAGGCAGAGAAAGAUAGGAAAAGAUGCAACCUCUUCUGAUCAUCCUGAUAUCAUAUCGCACUUUGUUCAAUCUUCUUCAACGGGGAUCGACCGCCAUGGCCAGCUGCUCAGUGAAGACCAAAUUGCUACUUACAUAUCUGGUUUUUUUGUAGGAUCCUAUUCUGGUAUACAUACAACAAUCGCCCAUGUUAUCAAUCAUCUUGCAGAGCUUCCUCAAGUCUACCAUAUGGUUUUGAGAGAGCAAGAAGAAAUCGCAAGUUCCAAGGGAGCAAAUGAAGCACUCCAAUGGGAAGAUGUAAUGAAGAUGAAGUAUUCAUGGAAUGUUGUUUGCGAAACCUUGAGGUUAAAAAUAAAUGGAGGAGGAUAUAAAGAAGCCCUCCAUGAUUUCAACUUUGGAGGGUAUACUAUUCCAAAAGGAUGGAAGCUGCAUUGGAACCUAAGUGCCACCCACUGGAACCCGGAAUACUUUCCGGAUCCUGAAAAGUUUGAUCCGUCGAGAUUCGAAGGAGAUGGUCCAGCGCCUUAUACAUUUAUACCAUUUGGAGGUGGCGGCCGAAUGUGUCCUGGAAAUGAGUUUGCAAAAUUUUCCAUACUCAUUUUCAUUCACAAUUUGGUCACUAAUUCAGUUGGCAAAAGCAAAUUCCCGAUGAAGUUGAGUGUUGCAUGAUCCACUUUGAAGAUUGCCUGCGGGACACAUUUCAAGCUUCAUUGCCUCAAUGUCCAAAAGCAAAAGUGGCUUUUUGUUUUUGAAUAUGUAAUUCGAAUAAUGGGUGUAUGUGAUUCUGUAAGCUGCAAUUAGAGCUAUAUAUGUAUAAUAAGUAGAGCUAUAUAAAGUUGCAAUUUUUUCAUGGUAUCCUAGAUAUAAAAUUGAAUGAUGCUCAAUCAUAGGUAUCGUAAGUUGUCACAUGCAUUUUCUUUUGAUUAGUUACGCAAUAUAAAUGUUAGACUCUAUCGAUUCCAUUGGAAUCAAGGUUAAAUUAAGUUCUGACAACCCAAC